CCUGGCAUGGGGAAAGCUUGGGUAAAGGGUGCGUGUGUAUGCAUGCGGGUCUUAGAUCAGCACAUACAGGAACUGAAAUUAAGCAAAAGGGAACUAGAUUGGUUUGUGAAAUCCCUGUGAACAGAAAUGGGACAACGUGGCUGAUCUGGAUCUGUUGUGGGUUCUUGAAAAACAAAUCUGAGCUGGGUCAGUGACGUACUGGGACAUUUUCUUGGGAAAAGGUGGGAGGUCUGGGGCUGUGGGUGGACUAUCACGGAUUAGGGCUGCCAAAUGCCCUCUUUCCAAUCUGCUUUUAACCGUUGUCUCACUUCUCUCGUUCUGCCUUGAUAUUUAACCGUUUUCCGUAUUUUAUACAUCAUAGUAUCGUAGCAAUCCAGCAAUACAAUGCUGAAAGGAAAAAAACUUGUAGAAAAGAAGGAGGAAGAAAAGAAAGACAAGGAAGGAGGGAAGAUGGCCUUGAAGGUGACAACUCCUAGAUCGAUUUCAAUCCCAACCGAGGCAGCUCCCAUGCCAAAUAAGGUGGGCUUUCCAUCUGCCACACCAGGAAGCAUCUACAGCGCCAUCUUGAAUCGCAAUCAUGACGUCAUCGAUGCAAAACGCCUGAAAAACUUCAUUGAGCUGCGGGACAAGUAUUUUAGCAAGAAGGUCCUAUUCGAAGACCCUCUUUUUCCUGCGGAUGACUCAUCUCUCUUCUAUUCUGUCCAAUUCCCCAUCAAGUUUGAAUGGAAGCGCCCACCAGAGAUCUGCGAAAACCCACAGUUCAUCGUGGGAGGAGCCAACCGCACGGACAUCUGCCAAGGAGAUCUGGGUGACUGUUGGCUACUGGCAGCCAUCGCAUGCUUGACGCUUAAUGAGAAGCUUCUGUACAGAGUCAUCCCCCCGGAACAGAGCUUUGCUGAAAACUACGCCGGCAUUUUCCACUUCCAGUUCUGGCGCUAUGGCGAUUGGGUUGAUGUAGUCGUGGACGACCGGAUCCCCACAUUCAACAACGAGCUGGUCUUCACCAAGUCAGCAGUGAGGAAUGAGUUUUGGAGCGCCCUACUGGAGAAGGCCUACGCCAAGCUUCAUGGCUCCUAUGAGGCCCUCAAGGGUGGGAACACCACCGAAGCCAUGGAGGACUUCACCGGCGGGGUGACCGAGUUUUACGACAUAAAGGAUGCGCCCAAGGAGCUGUAUAAGAUCAUGAAGAAAGCCUUGGAGAGGGGGUCUCUCAUGGGAUGUUCCAUGGACGACACCUUGGGAUUCUCCCCGCCCCCAGACGUGCUGGGCCCUAUUAUUGAUAAGAUGAUCACAGAUGCACAAAAGAGCAAGCUGGGGGACUCCUCGGGUGGGGCUUUGGUUCCAGCCCGGUUAGAGACCCGAACCGCCACUGGACUCGUCAAAGGCCACGCCUACUCUGUGACAGGAGUGGAGGAGUGUACGAAGUCAGAGAAGAAGCAGCCCAGGAUACGCCUGGUGCGGCUCCGGAACCCGUGGGGUCAGGUGGAGUGGAACGGGCCAUGGAGUGACAACUCAAAAGAGUGGGCAUCUAUCGCCAAGGCAGAGAAAGAGAAGCUUCAGCAGCAAAAUGCUGAAGAUGGAGAGUUCUGGAUGUCCUUUGAGGACUUCAAGAGGAACUUCACUAAGAUUGAAAUCUGCAACCUCACUCCCGACACGCUUCAGGAUGACAAGGUCCACAAGUGGACAGUGUCGGUGAACGAGGGUCGCUGGGUGCGCGGCUGCUCUGCUGGGGGAUGUCGAAAUUACCCAGACACAUUCUGGACAAACCCCCAGUACCGACUGUGCCUGCUGGAGGAGGACGAUGACCCCGACGACAAUGAGGUGGCCUGCACCGUUGUGGUGGCUCUGAUGCAGAAGAACCGCAGGAAGGAGCGCAAGAUAGGGGCCAACCUCUUCACCAUUGGCUUUUCCAUCUAUGAGGUCCCUCAAGAGAUGCACGGCAACACACAACACAUGCCGAAGGAUUUCUUCCUCUACAACGCCUCCAAGGCGCGCUGCAAAUCCUACAUCAACCUGCGGGAGGUGACGGAGCGCUUCCGCCUCCCCCCGGGGGAGUACAUCAUUGUCCCCUCCACCUACGAGCCUCACCAGGAGGGAGAGUUCAUCCUCAGGGUCUUCUCUGAGAAGAACAACUUGUCUGAGGAGAUAGAGCACCAGAUCGAGGCCAGCAAGCCUGAGCCAGAGAAGAAAAAGAAGAAGCGGAAGCCCAUCGUUUUCGUGUCAGACAUAGCGAAUGCCAACAAGGAGAUUGAGCAGGAGGAGUAUGAGGAGGAGAGUAAGAAAAAAAAGGAGGAAGUGAAAAAGCCAGCACCAGCCACCACAGAGAGUGAGGAGGACAAGCAGUUCCACGGCAUCUUCCAACAGAUCGCCGGAGAUGACAUGGAGAUCACGUCCAAUGAGCUCAAGAAUGUCCUGAACAAAGCCAUUGGCAAACGUGAGUGUGCUUCUUACCAUUGGUCUUGCUUAUUCAGGAUAGCCCACUGCCCCAUCCCUUUCUACUACCCCUGUUAUCCAUGUCACCCCCCUCUCUGUUCUCCUCCCUCCCCAACAGACAAGGAACUGAAGACCAUGGGCUUCAGCCUGGAGAGUUGCAGGAGUAUGAUUGCCCUCAUGGAUACAGAUGGGUCAGGCAAACUAAACUUUGAUGAGUUCAAACACCUGUGGAACAAGAUCAAGCACUGGCAGGGGAUCUUCAAGCGGCACGACUUUGACAAGUCUGGCACUAUAAACAGCUACGACAUGAGGAACGCCGUCAAUGAUGCAGGCUUCCAUCUCAACAAUCAACUGUAUGACAUCAUCACCAUGCGCUACGCCAACGACAACAUGAAGAUUGACUUUGACAGCUUCAUCUGCUGCCUUGUGCGGCUCGAGGGCAUGUUCAGGGCCUUCCAUGCUUUUGACAAAGACGGAGAUGGUCUGAUCAAGCUCAACGUCCUGGAGUGGCUCCAGCUGACCAUGUACGCCUAGAGAGGAAUCCUCAACGCCACGUCUCCUGCACCCUAAAAUAUGAAGGCCCGCCCACACCACAAAUUACCUCAGCCGUCACCCCAUGUAAUUCUGCUCUACUCAACACUGACCGCCAGCUUCCUACCCACACACUGAGAAUAUACCUCAUGGACAAAGGCAGUUCUCUUUCACCAUACUGGACACUCCUUGCCCAGAAUCAGCCAGGGUUUUAACUCACAGCACAAAUCCCUUCCUCGGUUCACCAUCACUGAGAGAGAGAGAGGCUCAUUCCUCAAAGGUUGGACUUAUUUCAUCUCAACUAAAACGCACCAAUGGAAUUCUCAGGCACAAUCCAAAGAAAAUGCAGUUUGGAAAGUGUUGGUGCCCCCUCAUCGGGCAGAUACAGAGGAGGUGGGCCACACGGCAGGAAAUCAAAUUAGGCUUUUGGGAGGAGGGGAUUAAACCAAAGUUCUCAAUAUAAAUAUGGUGUGAAUGUUUUUGUAGUGUAAUACUGAAGCUGCAUUUUAAAGAAACACUUGUUUGAAUUUCUUUGAAUCCUACCAAACUAGGCUGUUCCAUAUUUAGUAAAUUCCUAAUUAGGCCACCAAUGAGACAUUUACUGAUACUUUGCAAUUGUCUCGUUUGAACAGCAAUGUAGUCUUUUAAAGGAUGCUAUUUCACUUUUUAUUUUUUGAAAACCUGUUAACUGAACAAUACCGAUUUCAGGUUCCUGCACACUUCCUCAAUAAUCACCAAGCCAUGUCGAUUCAUUCAGCCGAAAACGUUCUGGAGCGCACGCAAUAAUACGACGAAACACAGCGAAUGCCGAUUUGAAAAUAAACAAUUCAAAAAUUUA